AUGCGCGUCCUGUUGUCGUGGUCGGCUUCGGCCCCGCGUCUGGCGGUGCACCGGAUCCUGCUAUCUACGCUCCUCGCUGCCAUGUGCCUCUUCCGACACUCGGCCGCGGGCAUCUUGGGACCCGGCGACAUCUGCUUCGACUCGUGCUCGUACGCCCUCGGCGCCGCGCGCUUCAACGACACUCGGCCGUACAACGGGACCGACUUCCAGAAGGCCAAGCUCAUCACCUCGUGCGAGAGCCGCCUGUACAUCACGUCCAUGUACCUAUGCGCCGACCUGCACUGCGACCUGAUGCACCGGAUCGCCGGGCUGAGUGACCUCAAUCACACCUGCCAGACAUCCAUGAACACGUCGCUGCCGCCGUUCGAGAUCAUUGCCAACUACUCGAGCGAAGAGAUUGCCGGUCUGAGACGGCUGACUAAGGAAGAGGGCGUCGCUAAGACCGUGCUUAAUGAGAUCGUCUUGCCUGCGGAUGCCUUCUAUCAGAUCUGGGCUGACACUCUCGAUUCCGUCAAGUACACUUACGGGUACCAUUUCAGAUACGGCUUCUACGUGAUUGUCUUUUGGUUCAUCGUGAUCGCUAUCGGGCUGGGAUCUCGUCUCGUCUCGGCCAUCGGGGACCUGCAAAAGCGAGAGUACGAUCCGCGCAACACGCCCGGCAUCUGCCACGCACCCGCCCUGUGGCUCAAGCGCUACAUCACCGUCCCCGCCACCUUUGGGUACCGUUGCUCGCAGAACCUAGGCUGGUGUACGAUCCCGCCUCGGGUCCAGAGUCUCACCAUCUUGGCCUUUAUUGUCGUGAAUAUCUUCUUUUGCAUCCACGGCUACAAGAUAUUCCGCGGCCACAUGUACUGGCCCACGGUCUAUCACCUGGUGUGGCGUUACGUCGCCGAUAGGACCGGCAUCAUUUCCUUUGCCAAUUUCCCCAUCAUCUGGCUGUUCGGUAUGCGGAACAACCUACUCAUGUGGGUGACCGGUUGGGACUUUGGCACGUACAAUAACUUCCACCGCUGGGUCGCCCGUGUAGCGACACUGCAAGCCGUCAUCCACUCCGUCGGCUACGUCGUCCUCGUCUUUGACGACGGUGGCUUGGCGUAUUUCGUGUCGUAUUGGAAGAUCAUGUUCUGGUGGGCAGGCUGGCUGGCAACUUUUGGCAUGGUCGCUCUUGUGGGAGCGUCGGUGUACUGGAUGCGACGGAAACAGUACGAGCUGUUCCUAAUCCUCCACAUCCUUCUGUCUAUUCUUACUCUCAUCACCAUGCUUGGCCACGUCUCCAUAUUCAACGGGGAGUAUGACUUCCUAUUCUGGGUACCCUUUUACAUCUGGAUAGGCGACCGCGUGUUACGCAUGGCGAGGACAUUGGCCUUCAACCUCAGGUUCUGGAACACCUUCGCCCUCGCGAGCUACGACACAAACUCCAACAUCGUACGCCUCAGCGUCCCCUACCCCACCAGUUUCUACGAGCCGAAGCCGGGCACCUACUACUACCUUCACGUCCUCAGCGACAAGUGCUUCUGGGAGAGUCACCCGUUCACCAUGGCCCGCACGACGACGAAUCUGAGCGCGGGCCGCAAAUCGUCCUGCGAGGAGACUCCCCUGCUCGUCGCGGGCGAGCAGGACCAGGAGCCCGUGUCCGAGGUCGCUCUUCAGCCGAAGAGGGGCGAGCCCUCGAUGACGUUCCUCAUCCGCCCGUACGACAGCUUCACCGCCCGCCUCCGCGAGAAAGCCACGGCCGCGUGGCCCCACCCGGCGCGCCUCCGCGUGCUCAUCGAAGGGCCCUACGGCCACACGCAGCCCUUUGACCAGUUCGACGGCCUGCUCUUCAUCGUCGGGGGCAGCGGCGUCGUGGUGCCGCUCGCGCACCUCGCCGAGCUCACCAAGGACGGGUCGAGGGCGCGGUCGGUCAAGAUCGUCUGGGCGGUCCGCGAGCUGAGCUUCGCCGCCGACGUGUUGAAGCAGGACUUUGAAGAUGCGUUCGACAGCGGGAAGCUGUCGGUCGACGUCUACCUCACGCAGCACAGCCCUGCGGCCAGCGCCGCGCGACCUGACGACUGGCCGGAGCAGGUGCGCCUGCUCCACGGCCGGCCGGAAGUGCGCGAGGAGGUGCAGGAGGCCGCCAUUGGGGCGAGCAAGGCCAGCCUCGCGGUGGUGGCGUGCGGGCCGGGCGUCAUGGCCGACGAUGCGAGGCGGUCCGUCGUCGAGAUGCUCGACCGGGGGUGGUCGGGGGUCGAGUACUUUCAAGAAAGCUUCAAUUGGUGA